AUGGCUGAGAAAUUUAUCAGACAAGGCAAAGCUUAUGUUGAUGACACUGACCCUGAUCUGAUGUGUAAGCACAGGAUUUACGGGGUUGAAUCAAGGUGUAGGAAUCAGAGCGUUGAUGAGAAUUUGAAGCUACCGAGGAACAAGAAGCACGAGGAUGCUGGAGUAAAGGAGACCACAUUCACCAAGAGGAGAUUUGGAUCGAUCAAGCUGAUGCAAUGGCCAUGUCUGUGA